AGAAGCUGAAAUAUUUUAUUAUGAGUUUCCUGUUAAACUAUGAAGAGGGACUGAGAGAUGUUCAGAAUAUCUGAUUGUGUGUCUUUUGGAGCAGCUAUUUGUACAGAAAAGAUUUCAAAUUUCAUGUUCUUUUUUCUACAGAGACAGUCAAACUUUUCUAAACCAUGAUCGUCAGCUAAAAAAGAUUCAAGGAAACAGCUUGCUCAAUGGACAAACUUCAGGGAUGGACUGGGCUGAUUAUCAUUCUGAUGGUCUACCUAAUAGAUCCUGGCUUUGGCUAUGCCAUUGUAGAAGGUCCUCAAAAUUUAACAGUUGUUGUAGGUUCAAUGGCCCGAUUUAGCUGCACAGUGUCAGAUGGGUGGAAAAUUUUGAUAUGGCUUUUCAAUGGAAAUCCUAAGCUAUCGGUGUUGAGUGAUGGAAAAACUAUUGUAACAGAUAAGCGAUAUAAUCAGAAAGGUUCUAACAUAAGUGGUAGCAGGUUUACUUCAGAGCUGAUGAUCGAUGAUGUUCAGCUGACAGAUUCUGGACAAAUCAAAUGUAGCCUCCAGAACAAUAAUGACAAUAGAUAUGCAUUUCUUUCCGUACAAAUAGGAUGUGAUAAUGAAGAUUGGCGAAUCCGAACUAUAAUUUUAGCUGUUGUGUUGUCAGUGGCUCUUUUACUCCUUCUGAUCCUUAUUAUUCUCCUUAUUAUAUGUUGCUGCAAAAGAAGAAAAGAGUCCAACUAUCAAAGUGAGCUAAGAAAGAUUUCAGGGAAGAAAGAGAAAGCUAGAAAUUUGGAAACUGUGAGUCACAGUGGAAAGGAAAACUAUGGCUACAGUGCAGAGCAAAUGCCACGAGAUCACACUUCCUUCCCAGUUACAAAAAAUGUUUAUGAUACAAAGCAAGAUCUGAAUGUGAGUUCUUUAUCAGAGGUGUUGAACAAUGAAUUUCAAGCAGGAGAACUUCCUUCAAGCACUAAUGUUUAUCCAAUUAAUCCAGUCAAAAUCAGAAAUGUGACACUAAUAUAGGAAAACAGUUAAAAUUUAUAUCAUUUCUUAAAAUUUCCUCAUUUAUUUGAAAAUCAGAAUCAAUGCAAUAAUUUCUGAAGAAUUUUAAUGAAGAAGCAACUGCUGUUUCCUGAUAAAACAAUGAAUUUUUCUUUAAAUAUUUAUUUUCUGUCUUCUUUAAAAUGUAUUGUAAACUAGUAGAAGUUUCACUAUCACCUUUAACCUGUUAAUUCAAAGUAAGGUAAUAGUCAUAUUUUAAAUCAUAAGACCUAUGAUAUUAAUUUUAUUUUCAAAAUGCAAGCACUUAUGAUUUAAGAGUAACAAUAUGGUUGCAUAUUCAUAUAUUUCUGGUUGCACACAUCAUACAAUGAUGACAUGACAACAGAAACUCCUGCAAGGAUAUGUACAAUUCAUAUUUAAAAUAAAUCCAACAUGGGAUUUCCAUGAGAACAGGUAUAAAAGCUUAAAUAAAAUGGAAUCCAUUGUGACAUGGCAUUGAAUAGAUGUAAUGCUAUUGAUCCUUCUCCAGUCAAAAAAUGCACACAUAGCAUGAUUUGUUUACAAAAGAUUGUGUAAAAUAGUAUAUACUUGAAAUUUGCAUUAAAAAGUAUAAAGUAUAGUUAUUUGCAUUUAAAAAAUUCUCCAUUUAGAUAAUUUUUUAAAAAGAUUAUAUCUCAAUAAUUAAAUUAGAAUAUGUAUGCAGGAAAAUACACCAAACAAUAUCUUUCCAAUAUAUUAGGGGAAACCUGUGUUAAAUGUAUAUUUUGAAAUGCUUUAUUACUUAUAUAAGCAUGUGUUUAAAUUAUAUUUAUUAGGGGAUAUUGCAAAUAGAAGCUCCAUAUUAAGUAAAGUUUACAAUCAGAACAUAUGUAUUUAUUUUGUUAAACAAACAUUGAAAUUGUUAAUAUUUCUGAUAUUACUGUGCUAAGCAUCUUAACUUCCUUGUGUUUCACUUACCACUGGCAUAUGUUGUCACUUAGAUUACAUUUUUUAUUAUUUACUUAUUAAAUUAAAUUCUGACUUUUUCUGUGUUAUACACCUGUCAUCUAAGAACAUAGUUAGAAGUAGGAGUUAUUAAAAUUGAUUGGGCUUCUUUCCUUUAAUAAGUUGAAGUUCUCAAACCACUUUUUCCUUCUUUAAUCAUUUUUUGAAAAUCUUUGCAUAAAGUCAUCUGUGAUUAUUAAAGUGCAUUUUAAAUUAUUUAAUUGCCAAAUAAAAGGUUCCUAAUUUUCACCUUUUUCUUUCUAAUUAAACAUUUAAGAUAGAAUGGCUGGGUCAUCUUAAAGAAUAACAAAUUUAUUCUGGCACUUCUGUGGAUUGGAAUCUUCUUCAUUAACACAGUAAUACGUCUAAGUCACACUCAAUUCCUGAUGCCUUAGGAAUUGAUGAUAAUAAUGUUUUCUUUGUAACUAUAUGGAAAUGGUAUCCAUGGCCGCUGCCUUCUUCUAGGAUUUUUUUCCCAGUUUUUCUACAGCUUUUCUAUUUCCUGAUUAUAUAUUAUCACAUGCUAAAUAGAUCUGACUGUGCUUAGCCAUUCAGUCUAUUUUAAGACCAUACUAACUUUCUUGCUCUUUGAGGAUACACAAAUUUGUUUCUUCUGCAUGGAACUAAAGUAGUUGCUCUGCUAUUAGUCUGAUGAUAGAAUAAUGUAACUGGCCAUUUAGGCAACUGCCCUGUCUUGCUCACUGAAAUGUCACCCUUCAGCAUGUAAAUAUGAAGAUACAUUUUUUUUAUUUUUUUCAUACAAUUAAUUUCUAUAAAGUUCACUGGUUAACAAUUGUAAAAUUAUUGGCUUUCAUUUUUGUGUGCGAAAGAAUCAGAAAUGAUGUGGCAUUGCUCUAUCUUCCCCACUUGUCUGUAGAUAUGCAGUAUUUUAUGGCUCUCAGUGGAUGCUCUCCUGCUGACUGUGGAGAUCACUGGAGAAUAAAUUGGUUACUUGGCUUUAAAAAAAGGAACAGGUGAAAAAAUACAUUGAAAAGUGAAAUAAAGACAUGGGGGUAGCAAAAUAGAUUUUUUUUCUUCCUUUAUGAACUGUCCUCACACAUGGAAGAAUAUGGAC